CUAUUCAUGUAAGUACCUCUACAGCUGCAGUAUGUCUGCAAAGGUACAGUUUCUGAGAGCAUUCAGGAGAAUUACCUACUGAACAUGCAAUAACCUGCGUCUUUGUGUUCCAUGUCUCAGCCACUGCGAAAUAAAUAGGCUAUCCUUUACCCAAUAGCUGACCCGAUAUAAUCUGUUAACCGAAGUCAGGGCGGAGCAUAUCAGUUUAUAAACCAGCCAGUGAACUGUUAGGUAGUGUGUGUUUACCUCAGUGUGCUGUGACUGUGACUGACUCAGGACCAUGAGGAGCUCAGAGAUCCUGACCGGACUGAUCAUAGUCGGGCUCUUCACCGUCAUGUGCUCUGGACAAACUUCCCAAGAACUCACAGAUGACACACAGCUGUCCCAGCAGGAAACGGAGAACGAACUGGCUGAGGCUAUGACAGCACUUUUGGAAAGAUAUCAGCCUCAUGUACCAUCUUCAGAAAAACGUGGCAUUCCACAGUGUGCUGUGGGGUCCCGCUGCGCCAUGAGACUGGGUCCACGCUUUGGGAAACUAUGUGAAUGUGUCAGAGGAUCUAACUGUAACUCGUUUCUCUUAAAAUGCAUCUGAGUCAUUCAAAAAGAGGCAAAUCCAUAAUCCUUUCCUAAAGCUGUAAAGUCAUACACCUGAAAGAGGCAGUGGGUGGAAAUCUGUAUUCUGAAUCACUUGUGUGAGCUUUAUGAUAAGCAUUCAUCAAAAUGCAGCAUGACAAACAAUAGCAAAGCAUGACUUUAAUGUGUUUAUUCUUUAAUAUCUUUAAAGCUUGU